CAAAAAUGACCAAUCUUUUAAAAUGUGUGGCCUUAGUUUUCUGUCUCUCUCUCUUUCUGUUAAUGCUUAAGUCGUGUGUAUUGUGUGUAAGCUGUGUGCUUUCUGUAAUACAUUUGAUUAUUUACAGACAUGGUCUAAUCUUCGAGUUCACAACACAUACCCGACAUGAGCUGGUAACCGGACGAGAGGACGUGGUUCGCCAUAUGAUUGAGCCGUCUUAUCGUCCUUCCUCUCCCCCGGGAUAAAUAUGAAAAUCAUAUCUUGUAAAUCCCAAACAGUUUAAAUUUAUUUAUUUAUGAGAGCAAUGCUCAAAUAUAUGGACACUAGGUAACUUACCGUGCGAAGUCUGCAGUGCGUUACCGGUAUCGAAAAAAAAAACUUCCGACUUGAGUUCAAAAAAUCAAAACAGAAGACAGCUGUAAUGUUUGGCGGAAUAAAAACUGUGUUACAAUGAAUAAAAAUUAAUCAGCGGAAUUUCGGGUGAAAUAUUAAAUCUCAUAGAAUUGAUAGGAAAUUUAGGAACAAAUGAAAGUAAUAGUCUUCUACGGACAACAAUUUUAGUAGCAAAUGAGCACUGGCCGGCAUUCGAAUGGGCCAUGGUGUAAUAAGUAUAAGUUUAUUUCGACAUAACUGGCAAUAAAAUGAUUGAUAAAAACAUAUAAAUAAAAACUGAUUAUGGUGUGCCCUGAUAAGUAAAAAAACAAAAAUGAAACAAAUUAUAAUUUACUUGAUGUUGAAACGAAAAAGCGGGAUAUACAUUCCAAUGGAACAUGGAUAGGCAUGACUUCAUAAAUACGGAGAGUGACCAUUAUUAGAUAAAAAAUUGAAAACAACAAUAAAUGACCCCUUCUUUUAAAACAAGUAUUUCGAAAUUGGUCUGUCAUGACGCCUAAGACUGAGAGUAUACAAUUGCCGAAAAAAGAACAGUCACACUAUAAGAUGAGUCAUUUAGGUUAUUAUAUACAAAAGUAAAUUCAACUGAUUCAUGCGAGACAGAUAGACAUGUCUUCACCAUAUUGUGUUGACUUGAUUUCACAGCUGAAUAUGGUUACAUUCUCUGGGUCAAAUGAGACAUUCCACAGGACAUGUCAUAAAACAAGUGCUGUCCUUACGAACAAGAUCUUGAUUAUUAUUUUCUCUUUCUUAAACGGAAUGGUCAUUGCUGACCAGCUGUGGCACUUUUCACAAAUCGGCGCCAUUGGUCCCGGUUCUGUGACAUUUUGAACAACUCAGACAUGCUGAGGUCCGCUAUGUCCUUAACACUGUCUGACAUCCUUCAUUAUUUUACGUCACAGGAAAAUAGCUUGGGCGUAUUGAACUGCCAGGUGAAUUGCCCCGAGGGCAUAGAUAUGUUUCCAGAAAGUCAAUAAUCAUUUUUAUUAAUACUAUUUUUGAGGGAAGUAGCCUAGGCAGAAAGGUACCAUAUAUUUUGAAUAAUGUUUUGGGUUUACGUGUAUUGAAUGACUGUAACUUCCGGUAUUUUAUACGGAAAUUCGUAGCUCGUUAUUUGUGUACAACUUAGGCAGUUUACCAAGAGUGCCACGUUCAUACUUCAGACAAAAAUAGUGAACCAAGAUGAACUUGUUGCCUUCGCAGCAAGCGUUAGAUUUUGUAGUGGUUACUGGAAGCUCUCUACUUGCAGCCCUAACAUGCAGAAAAAUAGAAAACCCAGUAACGAGAAGACUUUUGCUCGGUGGUGUGGGAUUUAUCACAGCUAUAUAUUAUAGCGGACUUCAGUUCUUGUAUGUGCUACCGCUCAUUUUGCUUACGUCUUCUAUUGCAAUGACAAAAUAUCACCCAAACGUUGUGCUGGUGAUAGCGUUUGUUCUGCGAAUUUUGUCCAACAUUCUGGCAAUUCAAUUCAAAUCGUGGGAUGACGACAACACAAUCACUGGGUCACUGUUAAUGAUAACUACAUUGAAGGCUGUGGGUGUAUCAUAUGAAGUGCACACAUAUUACUUUGCAAAACAAGAAACGCAUUCCACGAAUAGAAAAGUAUUAUCGAAUCCACUGGAGCACGAACCUAAAUAUGUUGACAUCCUUCUUUACUUGUUUUGUUGUUGCGGGCAAUUCACAGGUCCAUAUUACACCUUUAAAACUUACUAUGAAGGCACCUCUAUUCCGAACAAAGUCUAUUCAAAAACUCACUGGAAACAAUACUCUUGCAAGAUAUUUUUACAUUGCCUCAUUGCAAUUACAAUACACUUAAUUGGGAGACAAUAUGUCGGUUUACAUCUUCUGGCCACAGAGGGAUUCAAAACCAUGUCAUUACCAACGAGAAUACUUCAGGUAGUUUUGACAAGUCAAAAUGGAGGACUUUUCCUCAUAUCUUCAUGGUUGGGAGCCGAGUGCGUCUGUGUGGUAGCAGGUAUUGGAGCGUACCCAAAAGAGAUGAAGUCUAAAAGUGGCCAAGGUCCCACAGCACAUUUCAAUACCAGCGAGGACACAUCAGACUGGGAUUUUGAAACCAUAACUAACAUGAGAUGUUGGAAGCACUACGCUUGUUGUCGAGCGUCUGAAGCAUUGAAAGAGUGGAACUCGUGUACGCAAUGGUGGCUUGUUCGCCAUUGUUAUAUCGCUGAUUUUAUUCCACAAAAAGAUAAAAUGUUACGCCUAUUUUUCACAAUGACGAUCAGUGCAAUGUGGCAUGGGUUGAAGCCAGGAUUUUAUAUUUUGUUUUGGACAAGUUCUUUCGUAACUAUUAGUGAAAGAAUAUGCGACAAUCUUCGAACCGGCCUCAGUGAUGUUUGGAAAAUGUCACUUGACUUUUUUAUGUUCAUCUGCUUCCGAUGGAUAGUCAUACCGUUCGCGGGUCUUGGCUUGCUGUUGCAAGAGUUCGAGCCAAUUUACGAAGUGUACAAAUCCUGUUACUUCCUGCACAUCAUUUCUAUUGUUAUGAUUCCAUUAGUACUAACAAUUUGUUCUCAAUUUCAACCAAAACCCAACAUCAAAUCAAAAAUAACAUAAAAAUCGAGUAAACAACCAAAUUAGAGAAAUAUCAGUUCAGAAAAUACAUUGGUGAAAGUAAUUGAGCUAGCCCUUUUUAAACAAAGUUAUUUUUCUGAAGGAACUUCAUAUCCUUUGCUGUGUGUCAGCCAAAUGACUGUACUCGUAUCUGUAGUUGUAAUAUUUCAAUAUAGACAAUUUGCUACCCUACAUUAUUGUAGGUAGGUAUUACUCAUUCAUGACCUCCGCCUCCUAGAAGGUUCCAAUUUAUGACUUUAUCAACUAGCCGGUUACAAUGAAGAUAAACAUAAUUUUCUUGUCCUUCUUUCAAAUCUUUGUUAUUUACUCAUUAAGAUUGUCAUUGUUGCUCAAUUGAAUGGUCAUUUUAUCAUCAUAUCUUUGUUGUUUAGUUAUUGCAAUACAUUUUCCAUAUCUUUUAUAUUUGAUUAUUGCUAUUGUUGAUAAAUUAAUUAAAUGGUCCCUUUUUCAUAUAUUUGUUAAUUAUUCAUAUUGCUAUUGUUGAUCAAUUAUUAAAUGGCCCCGUUUUCAUAUUUUUGUUAUUUAAUUCUUCAUAUUGCUAUUGCUGAUCAAUUGAAUGGUCCUUUCGUCAUAUCUUUGUUAUUUAAUAAUUGAUAUUGCAAUUUUUGGUGAUUUAAAUUUUCCAUUCGCUCUGAACUAUCAGUAGAAUUAUACUAAAUACCAAAGACACACUAAUACCAAAGAUUUGAAUAGGACUGUUUACUAAUAGUAUCGUGAUGAUAAUUGUUUGCUUUGUAUUGUAGACACGAUUCCUCAGUACUGAAUUUUUGAAAUUUUCCUAUUAAAUAACUUUUAGUCAGAAACUUUUCAAUGACAAUCUGCUAAAAUUUAUAAGUAUUGAAACGUUGUAAUGCAUGUUUGUAAAAAUUCCAAAUAAUUAUAUAAAGCAUUCUAGUUCAAUCAAUUUUCAAACAUGUACAAACCUAUAAAUAUUGUUUCGAAUAAAAGCACUCAUACCCUGA